AUGACGAGAAGGAAGGUGAAGCUUGAGUACAUAGCCAACGACUCCUCGAGAAGGGCGGCAUUCAAGAAGAGAAAGAAGGGCCUCAUGAAGAAGGUGGGCGAGCUGAGCACCCUGUGUGGCAUCAAUGCAUGCGCUAUCGUCUACGGUCCCUAUGACCGUCAGCCAGAUCUCUGGCCACCUUCCCGAGUGGCCGUCCAGCGCAUCAUCUCAAGGUUUAAGGAGAUGCCGGACAUGGAGCAGAGCAAGAAGAUGGUGAGCCAGGAGGCCUACCUGAGGCAGCGAAUCACGAGGGCGAACGACCAGCUCAAGAAGCAUAGCAAGGAAAACCGUGAGAGGGAGGUAACCAAAAUGAUGUUCAAUAUCUUGACUAGCACAUUCACUGGCACUGCCCCGGUUUGGCCAAGCCUGAGGGUGAUGGAUCUCCAUGACCUUGGGUGGGUGGUCGACCAAUAUUGUAAGGACGUCGUCAAAAGGUCCGAAAACCUCAAAGAGGCCUUGGGGAUCAGCGGCAGCGAAGUUGCGGCACCCCUGCCACCGCCGCCUCAUGUGCCAGCGGAGGAAUAUCCUGAGACUGAAGGAGUGGGGCAAGUGGACACUGGCGUACAAAAGCGACCAUGGUUCCUCAACUUGGCCAAUCCCCCAGAGCCCAAUGUGCCAACAUUCUCUGGGAACGAGCUGAUGCUGCUUCCCUUUGGUGGCAACCCCAACAACAACACCACCAACAAUCCCCAAAAUGUUGUUUGGCCAAACAGCAGCAGCAGCAGCAGCAGCGGCAAUCCCCAAAUGUUGUCUGGCCAAACAACCAAAACGUGGUUUGGCCAAACAACCAUCCCUUCUUUCCUUGAGAGAGAGAGGGGAUAG